CAAAGUCACUCGUUCACCCCUUCUUGCUUCCCUUUCUUCAUCUCUUUUCAAGGCGACCCUAGGACCUUCAAGCUAGCACUAGAAAUAUCUUUUAUUCUUUUCUAUUCUGAAGACAUCGAAUCUAGGAACAGUUCCCGAUACCUAGUUCGAAUUUGGCGGCGGCAUCUUUACAUCUGUUUUGGAUUCGCUCCCGCUCUAACAUCCAAUUUGUGCCUGACUUCGCUCGUUCUCACCACUGACCACGACCAACCGGUGCUGGUGGCGGACAACAACAAUGGACGCUGCAGAACUUGCACGCUGGACGCGCUUCGCGGGGAAGGGAGGUAUAGGCAAAGGGACAGCGGUGCAGGAUUGUGUGGCAAAGAAUCCAGAGGACCUCAUGUUCCUAAAGGAUGACGAGAUCGUCGUACUCAUGCAAAUCAAAGACCAAAAGGACGUUUUUCUCGGGUACUGCGAAGGUGUAGUGGGUCGCUUUGAUGGCUCCUACGUCCGCAUGCACGGGAAGCUCAAAACUCCCGUCAUGACCAAACGAUCGUCGUCUUCUCGAGCCUCCAGCUCCCUCUCCGUCUCCCAACGCCACACAUCAACAUCACAAUCUCCCGUCCCGUCCCUCGCCGACGCCAUCUCCCUCCGCGCGAUGGUCUCAUCCCCAAAUCCCCCACGGUCGCCGGCCUUCUCCACAUCAUCCAUCCCUUCUAUUGCGGACUCGAACGCUACCAUCGGCACGGUCCACGGUCACCGGCUUCACCCGGGUGCAAGUUAUUCUUCGUCUUCCUCGGCACAAGAGUCGGCCUCGCCACAGACCCCGAAUUACUAUAAUCAAUCGUUCACGAGCGACGAGAGCCCAAAACACCCUGGGAUGCAACGGGAGGUGCCGUUACGGGAUGAUUCGAUGGACCUGCCUUCACCUUCGAGCAGUCAGUAUUCGGACCGUGAUCAACGUCCCGUGACCCCCCCUUCAUCAACGCAGAGCCCGGGCAUCGUCGCAUCACCGACUUCGACGGGAUUGUCGACGCCACCGGCGGCUUCUGCGCCAAUGCCAUCUCCAUAUAGUCCGCCACGAGACGGCACACAAGAUUUGGCUGCGCCCCUUUCGUCUUCUGUGAACGGACUUUCGGCCAUUUCUCCCGCCCGAACGGAUUUUUCGAAUACUUCGUCGGGUGGCGCGUUCGACGACAGCACAGAUGCGCGCAUGUCGGUCGCGUCGGACGGUGUCAUGGGCAUCGGUCUUUCGUUGCUUCAGAAUUUCGCUAAUGGAGGAGACGGGGACGAUGCGUCGUUCAUGUCGCGGAGUGAAACGUCGACGCCUGAACCUGAAGAACGAGCCGAAUCACCAUCGAUGGAGUCGCAAUCGCACGAAUCCACGGUCGGCGGGCACGAUAAUUAUACUACAAAGUAUACAACCCCUCAAGAAUUGGCACCUAUUCCAUCACACACCGAACCUGAACCUGAAUCUGCCGAACCCGAACUCGAACCGUCGCAAGAAGCUGUCGCCCCCUCCCCGCCACCAGAAGCCAACGAACGCCGCAACUCCCUCCAGCCCUCACUCAACCCAUCCGAGGCCUCGUCAUUCGACCCAGAAGACUGGGAAGGCGCCUCGGAUAUCUACGACGACUACCGAUACUCCCGCAUGUCCAUGGCCUCGAAAAUGUCCCGCUUCUCUCGCAUGUCGAAGGUGUCGGUCUUCACAGGUGGAGGAGGCGGCAGUGGUGGUAGGGAGAGAGACGGAUCUGUGUCUGCGGCGGGGUUGCCGUACCCGCCGCCUGUGCCGCCGACGUUCGAAAGGUCAUAUUCAGCAGAUUCAUUCAGGUCGGGCCAGCCGAAUUUCCUACCGAAACCGGGGAUGGAGAGUCCUCUUUCGGAGGGAGCCAGACGACAUACACAGGCGGCGCCGUCGCAGGACUCUGGACGUCCUUCGUUCGUUUCGACUUCUACGAGGGAUGAACCAGAGAUACAGCAAGAUCAGGACGAGGACGAGACACCUCGGGCUCUCAAUAUCGAGACGGCUAUCCAGGCUAACGUUCGGCAGUCGGAUGCGUCACAAUAUUCCAUUCAGUCCCCCAUCACUCCGUCUGAACCAUCACCGUCGGCGGAAGCCCCUGAUGCCCACGACGAUUCCGAGUCCGUGCAGUUUGCGAGAGCUAGACCGGCACCUUUGGAGUUCGCCACCUCGCCCCUUUUGCAUGCUACGUUUGGAGGAUCGCCUGGUUUUUCGCCCGCUAUGCAUACGGGGUAUACAGGAUCGACUGGAUCCGAGGUGGCUUCUCCUCCAUACUCCGCUACGUCGUUCGAGGAUCGAGAAGCUCAAGGUCAAGGCAAUUUGGGUGGCGCGGCCUCAGCACUGAGACAGAAGAUCGAGAUCGAGCGGAAUGCCAACAGUCCUGUUCCUCCAUCAGAAGCUGCAGGCAAGGCCCCUCAAGACCAAGAACGACGGGAAACCCGUGAAAUAGUUAUCGACGACGACGAGCAGUCCCAGGACGAGGAAGAAGAAGGCGAAGACGAGACCGUCAUAUCGCCCCAAGCAGGACCGAGCCGUGCCAACUCGACCUCCACAUCCUCUCAUUCCCACCACGGCCAGCUCAACGUUCCUCCAGCCAAUACGUAUCCCUCCGAGAAAAAGCGUGCACCACUCAUCGUAGUCAAUCCAGCACCUCCGCCCCCACCUUACUCGCCUUCCCUUGUUCCUACAUCCCCAGACCCAGAAUCCACCCCACCGGUCACCCCAAUGACACCAGCCACACCCAUAUCGCCCAUGCCCGAGCCUCAACAUCAGCAGUCCCCCCUCCCAUCUCCUCAAGUCCAGUCGUUCUCCAGGCCUCCAUCAGCACCUUCGACGCCUCAAGACGGCUCCUUCCCUCAGUCCCGUCAAAGCCUCUUCAUGCCCCACCCAAACGCACCGAAGCCUACACCAGGACCUAUGGCCUUCGGACCGACCUACGGCCGCAAACAGCUUAUUCCACCACAUAUGCUCCAACAAAUGCAGCUCCAAAAUGCAGCAGCGCCGUUCGUUGUUCCAGGUAUUCCAGGAGGUCCGAUGGGCCCCGGUGCCGGUGGUCCCGGUCCGAUAGGAUCACCGGGCAACGGACCAAACCUGAUGAAUACCUCGAGUCAGACGAUGAGGGUGGCUCAGGCGCAUAGAGCGAGGACGGUCUAUGGGUUGACGCAGGGCGAGCUGGGGACAUCGAUGGGUCCGGUGCCGAUCGUGUUUUCGUUGGAACCGUUGAAUAAUAUUCCGGCGUUGAGGUUGGGGUUGGCGAGGAGGGGUACUGGUACUGGGGAUGGUGCUGCACCUGGAGUAGGAGGCAGUUUGGCCCAGCCUGUACCCACCGAUGGUGGUCGGCGUUCGGGGGAAGACUCGAGGCCAAAUGGAGAAAGAGAGGAGGGAGGGAUGAAAGCAAGUGAGAGUGGGAACGUGAUUCCGAGAGCGAACUUUUUCCCGAAGACUUCUGGGGCAAGACCUCGGUCGAGGUCGUUCUCUGGCUUUGACUCGACUGUUGCAGAGUCGACCAUACCACAGGAAAGCCCCGAUGGUUCUAUCAAGAUCCCAGCUGCUCAAGAACGCACGGUUCGAACAUCACUGCCCAGUCAGCGACCACCUGUCAUUCCUUCAGCUUCCACAGCCCGCCAAUCGACGGGAAACCACCGCAUUAAUGCGCCUCGGGAACAUAGACCCUCACCUCUGGCUAUGGCGCAGCCCAUCGUGUCUGCAAGCAGUGUACCCUCUUCUCCUGCCACUGCAGUGCCACCUCGCGCCCUUAAUGGACGGCCAUCGAUCUCUUCGCUGCACUCGCCAUCUUCUGGUCCCGGGAAUUCCAAUCUUCGAAAAUCCGUCUCGACAUCUGCUCUGGUGCAGGGUCAAACCAGCCCCAGUUCUCCGUUACCCUCAGUGCCCGCACAACCUCCAUGGGCUCACCGUCCACGAGAUGAUUCCAUCGGCGAAAGCAUUUCGUCUCGAGUCUCCUCUGCUUCACAAUACAGCCGCGAUGCUCCUCCCCUCAAUAUUCCCGCCUCUAAACCCUCGCUCGACUCUUCGGCGUCUCAAUCAUCACCAAAGUCUUCUAGGCGGAGGCAAGGGUCGAUCGAUACAGUCGCUUCGCAGUAUACGAACGGCGACGCAAGGUCUUCUCCAACUCCAGGCAGCGGCCCUGUAGCUCGCAAUACUUCGCUGCGAUCUAAACUCUCGCUUGGUCACCUACGUUCAAGACCUAGCCUCCAGACCUCGCGGGACGAAAGUAUGACCAGCGAAUCGCUUCACGAGACCAUUCAAGUCGAGGACAUGGACUUCGAGCUCGUCAAGCCGAACAUCCAUCGUGAACACGGUCGUGCUUCCGAAGACUCGGUCGUCAGCCACAGCCCCAAUACUUCGACAGGGCCCGGAUUAGGAGCUAGGAAGAAAUCGUCCGAGGCUCCAACGUCGGAUCUGGCUGCGUUUCUGCGAUCCACGAGUCCGGGUGGCUCAAAUUACAAACCCGGCGGCAUGCCCCCAAGCCCUCAUUCCCCGGGCGACCCCAUGUCAAAUCCUAAUCUGCUCUCGGAACCGGCCCAUCCUUCCAAGGCCUCUGCCAACAAAACUGGCGUCGAAGCCCACCGGAAUCGCGAACUUAAAUGGAUCAACGCUAUCUCGUCUACGCCAUCCUCCCAGGCCCGUAAGAGCAAGAAGUUCAAGAAAUUGGUGUACGAGGGCGUUCCAGGGUCGGUAAGAUAUCAGGUGUGGGCACAUCUGGCGGAUAGUAAGGCGAAGAGGAUAGAAGGGUUGUAUGCGCAGUUGGGUAAAAGGGGGGAUGUGGCAGCGAAGGAUCUGAUUGUGGCUGAUGCGAAGUCUUGUUUUGCGAAUGCGAGGGGAAGACUGGGGGAGCCGGAUGGGCCUGUUGUCUCGCUGUUGCAGGCGUAUCUGACCAUGGUGCCGGAUAUUCAGUACCACCGAGGCUUGACGGUCAUUGCUGGGCAACUUCUGAUGCACGCCCCCGAGGAAGACGCGUUCUGGAUCUUCAUCUCUAUGAUGGAUACACACUUGCGAUCGUACUUCGCCGCUAAUGCGAUCCAGAUGGAUGUUGACGCGUCAUUGUUCGUGAAGGCCGUCGAGUCCGCAGACCCUUCUGUGGCUAAGAAGCUUUUCACCGACAUGAGCAUUUCCCCUGUCAUGGUCUGUCGGCCUUGGUUCGCUUCCCUAUUUGCGGAGUCGCUGCCGACAGAGUACUUUGAACGCGUGUGGGAUAUCUUCCUCUGCGAGGGUGUUCCCUAUCUUUUCCGUGUAGGCCUCGCGCUCAUAACAUGUUGUCGCCGUCGCCUUCUUGACUGCAACUCAGAGGAAGCCGUUCUCCAAGUCUUACACCACCCUCCACCCAUACUGCUCUCUUCCACUGCUGACAUUCUCGUCGAGCUUGCCAACUCUGUCAAAUUGAAGGAUGACGACGUGCGGAAGCAAAGGACAAAGAUGGAGGCGCAGAUCAAGAGGCAAGCGCAGCAGCAGCAGACGAGGGGGCUCUUGGCCAAUUCGGGCGGAGGUCCAGCGAUUUCCUUACCCCGGUAACUUCAAAAUCAUCCCACUUGUCGCUCCUUCCUUUGCUAUGCUUUGACUACGUUUUAGCUGUUCGCGCAUUCAAUUCCUUCACCAGCAUUUCAUUGUCCGUUCAUCGCUUUGUUGCAUACGCAUAUAACUUAAAGAAAUUACCUUUCAUACUUUUCUUGCUUUCCAGUUAUUAUACAUACCCCAUGAUUCAUGGGGUCCCAAUCUUCAGCCAGCCCCGCCCUGCAUACUCACAUCACUAAGCAUCUUCCAUUUUCUACAUUUUUCCAUCGAUGGACAGCACUUGGAUGGUCAAUCGGCUCAACAUCUUCAACUGGCAGCUUGUAUAUAGAGGUUUCUCUCUUCGCGUUCCCUCUUUUACCCUGUUCGUUUGACUUCCCCUGUUCAAAGACUUCGCUUGAUUAUGGGCUUCCGUUCCAUUUCGUUGUCGUAUACUUAUUCACUGGCUUUCUUGGCUCCCAUAUACAACCCGCUCGGUUCUCCUUAGCUUAUUUCUCAAGUUCGUCCUCGCUGGCUCGUCCGUUCUUUCUAAAUACCUCAACUCGAUCCCCGAUACCUUUCCUAUAUCAUCUUUUUCUCCAUAUACCUUCAUACAUACAUGCAUGCAUAUGGUCCAACAAUAUGUCUCCCCCUCUCC